ACUUCUUUCUUAACUAUGAUGAUGACAAUAUCAAAAAAUACAGUGAAAGUUUCACAACUAAAUCCAUCCAAAAGGCAAAACAACUUAUCGUGUACAAAGCUAAUGUACGGUAACCAUAAUCUCACACAUCGUAGUCCAUUGCAAGCUACUAUUUUUCAAUAUAUUUUUCUUUAUAAGAAUGGUCUCAAGUCUUUGUUUGUUCAAUUUUAGUUGUCAAUCAUAACAAUUUAAAUAUAACUAUUCAAUAUGAAUGGUCACUUAGUGUUUGCAAUGCAUAGUAAUGUUAAACAUGCAAAAGUCUAUUCAAUAACUAUAGAUAGUCAAACAAUUCCAAGUUGUAUCUCACCAUCAAAAAGUUUAAGACAACAAUUACAAUAUUUAUCAACAAAUCCAAUACACCCAAAUCACUUAGAUAAAUUUGUCACCAACGAUUACUUGGAUAAUGUAACAAACUCAUUAACCAACUAUUAUAGCCAGUAAAGAUUUUCACAUUUAUCAACACUUUCUACCUUCAGAUACCUUUUUUAUAUGACAGUAAUAAUAGUAUUGUCUAUUUCUUUAAUCUCUCUCUGUGUGUGUGUGCCAUUCUCAUUGUAUUUGUAAUGAUAGGCACAAUAAUAAGUAUCACUGUUUUCCUUCAGUAUCUUACUGGUUUUUGAUAAAUUUGUUUUCUUGUUUAACUUGACAACAAUAAUAGACAACACCCCAAUAAGAAAGAAACUAAACUACAAUAUGAAAUUGUUGAGUAUAUUUCCUUUUUCGAAUUAUUGAAAUUCUUACCGGUUUAUUGUUAGAUAUCAUUUUUCCUUUGCUCAUUCUUUCAUCAUGUCAAGGUGUAACUAAUCAUUGUUAUUUUUGUGAAUUUCGCAUAUGUUUUAAGCUUAGUAGUGAUUAUUUUUGUAAGCCUUUCUAUACAGGGACAAAUUUUGUUAGCCAGUACAUAUUUUGUAACAAGAGAUUAUAUUCCUGAUUAGUA